GUUCAUAUCAACACUGCAGCUUCUCUGUUUGUCACUCAUGUUUAUCAAUUUAUAAGGAUGAAAUAUUUAAACAUAAACAAAAUUGGCAAAACACACAACAUGUUGACGCACACCCUAAUGUAAGACUGAAACUGUUUUGACCUCUUGCUUGGAACAACACAGUAGUGAUUAUGAUUCCGAGAUGUCCACUAUUGUAGGAAGUAAUGUGUGUCCAAGAACAUAGAGCAAGCUACCACACUUUGUAGUGUUUGAGCAUUCUGCAUGGAAGCAAAUUUUUUCAUUAUCAACAAAAAUACUUGAAAAGUUGAAUUUUUAAAAAUGUGUGAAAUGGCAAAUUGCACAAAAGUCGAGGGCUGCCUGUAUUUAAGAAGACAAAUAUUCUAUUUUAAGGGCAAAAUGUUUGGAGUUUCAGCAAAGACAAACAUUUCAAAAUCUGAUGCUCCUUGGUGUGGACACUGUAAAGCACUAGCCCCGGAAUAUGCCAAAGCCGCUAAGCAACUGUUGGAAGAAAAAUCUGAAAUACGACUGGCAAAAGUUGAUGCGACCGAAGAAUCUGAACUAGCAGGAAAGUUCAAGGUGAAAGGUUAUCCAACAAUCAAAUUCUUCCGUGAGGGAGAGCCCAUUGAUUAUACGGGUGGACGCACUGCAAACGAUAUCGUCAACUGGUUGAAAAAGAAAACCGGACCACCCGCUAUUACUUUAAAUACAGUUGAAGAAACAGUGCAAUUUAAAGACAGUAAAGACGUGGUAGUGAUAGGAUUCUUUAAGGACCCAGAAAGUAAACUAGCAAAAGUUUAUUUAGAGGCUGCUUACGCGAUCGACGACCAUCCUUUUGGCAUCACUUCCAAUGAAAAUGUUUAUAAAGAGUUUAAAGUCGAGAAAGAUACCAUCAUCUUAUUUAAAAAAUUUGAUGAAGGAAAGAAUGAAUAUGAAGAAGAAAUUACAAAAGAUAACAUUAAAAAAUUUGUUAAAAGCAACAGUUUGCCAUUGGUCAUUGAAUUCAGUCAUGCGACUGCUCAAAAGAUAUUUGGAGGUGAGAUAAAAUUGCAUAAUCUCCUUUUUAUUAGUAAAAAGAGCAAAGAUUUUGAUGAAAUACUGAAGAAAUAUAAUAAUGUUGCAAAAGAAUUUAAGAAUAAGGUGUUGUUUGUCUAUAUUAACUCCGACGAAGCUGAUCACGAAAAAAUAAUUGAAUUCUUCGGUCUGAAAAAAGAAGAACAGCCAACAAUGAGAUUAAUUAAAUUGGAAGAAGGAAUGUCAAAAUAUAAGCCAGAAACUACAGAACUUUCUGAAGAAAACAUUCAAAAAUUUGUAAAAGGAGUUCUAGAUGGAACAAUCAAACAACAUUUGCUUUCUCAAGAUCUUCCUGAAGAUUGGGAUAAACACCCAGUUAAAGUUUUAGUAAAUAAGAAUUUUGAUGAAGUUGCAUUUGAUAAAUCUAAAGAUGUGAUCGUUGAAUUUUAUGCGCCUUGGUGCGGUCACUGCAAACAGUUGGCUCCCAUCUACGAAGAAUUGGGAGAGAAAUACAAAGAUCGCGAUGAUAUAGUCAUUGCCAAAAUGGAUGCCACUGCCAACGAAUUGGAACACACAAAAAUUAACAGUUUUCCCACAAUUAAAUUAUACAAAAAGGGAACUAAUGAGGCUGUAGAAUACAACGGCGAACGAACGCUGGAGGGCAUCUCUAAGUUCAUCCAGACUGACGGAGAGUACGGCCGAGCCGCUCCCGACCAGGAACCCGAAGUUCAGGAGGAGCCGAAAGAAGAGGAUUCCAAGAAGGACGAAUUAUGAAAAUUAAUUUAUCUACGUAACAAUUUCCGCGGCGGACGGAACGGGCGGGGGGUUUUUACCCGUUCCUGGUUACCGUCGUCUCGUGUAUUUUCGUCGGGGGAAGAAUAAAUGUAUUUGUUUUCGUUAUUUUUACUCUAUUGUUUUCUACUCUUUAAAUUACUAUUAAAAAACCUUACCUUA